AUGAUAUAUGCACUUGAUGUAACUCAAUCACCAAUUAUACUUAGUUAUUUAUCUGCUUAUUCAUUACUUGUAACAGUUGCCAAUGUUGCCGUACCACUACGAGCACCUGCUAUUGACAUUCAUCCGAAUGCCAAAUGGAUACAAAAUGGUCUCACUGUGGCUGGAGGAAAUGGAUUAGGCAAUGGAAGCAAUCAACUAAAUAACCCAUACGGUUUUUAUGUCGAUGAUGAUCAAACUAUUUAUGUCGCUGAUCGAUAUAAUAACCGUAUUGUGGAAUGGAAAUAUGGUGCAACGAGUGGCCAAGUAGUUGCCGGCGGAAAUGGAGAUGGAGAUGGAGAUCAUCAGUUAAACAAUCCAUUAGAUGUGAUUGUCGACAAAGAGAGAGACAGUCUCAUCAUCUGCGAUUACGGGAAUAGAAGAGUAGUUCGAUGGCCUCUUCGAAAUGGUACUAGUGGAGAAACAAUCGUCUCAAACAUUCUCUCUUGUUGGAGUUUGACAAUGGACGAGAAUGGAUCUCUCUAUGUCGUUGACUCGGGAGAAGAUGAAGUGAGACGAUAUCGAAUUGGUGAUACUGAAGGAACAGUGGUUGUCGGUGGCAAUGGAUAUGGAAAUCGUUCCGAUCAACUCUCUACCCCCCACUACGUAUUUGUCGAUCUAAAUAAUUCAGUAUACGUGUCUGACUUGAACAAUCAUCGUGUGAUGAAAUGGGAAGAAGGUGCAAAACAAGGUAUUGUCGUAGCCGGUGACCAAGGACAAAGAAAUAGUCUUACACAAUUGUCAUCUCCUGCAGGAGUCGUUGUCGAUCAAUUGGACACUGUCUAUGUGUCUGAUAGUCUUAAUCAUCGCAUCAUGCGUUGGCCAAAAGGAGGCAUGCAGGGAAGUGUAAUUGUUGGCGGAAAUAGUCCAGGAGAACAGUCAAAUCAAUUAGAUUAUCCCUAUGGUUUAUCAUUCGAUCGACAUGGCAAUCUCUAUGUCGCUGAUCGUGACAAUCAUCGAAUACAAAAAUUUUCAAUCGAACAGACGAUAAAUUAA